GAUACCUUUUACUGAGACGGUAGCAGCCAUGGGCAGGUAAUCUCUACCUGUGCCGAGAAGGUUGGAGGAACAGAGCAGCUCUCAGUUUCGUCUGUUUUGCGCCAGCGGGACUGCGAAGUUUUAUGUUGUUUCUUUUUGCGUGUGAACUACUCGAGUCGAGAAUAUUGGACAUAUUGUGCACGAGAAGGAUAUAACAGUCUGCUGUAUUUACGAGAAAUGGAUUCCAACGGCAUUGCUGAGAAACAAUGUUUGGAGGGUGACAAGGACCUGCAGUUCCUGAUGAAUGGUGGAGAUCUUUUGAAAGUCCGCUCGGGGUCAUGGAAAAAGACACGCUACUACAAACUCCAGGAGGACUGCAAGACAUUGUGGCAUGAAUCUAAAAAGACCCUGAAGUCCAAACAGACAUUCUGUGUUGAGGACAUUGAGGAGGUACGAACAGGUCGGCAGACGGACGGUUUGAGGAAAUACACAGAGGAGUCUGUGGAGGGUCGAGCGUUCUCCAUCUUGUUUAAGAGCCAACAGAAGGGCCUGGACCUGAUCGCCAGCUCUGAGGAAGAAGCCAAGAAGUGGGUUGGUGGUUUGGAGAAAGUCAUCUCAAAUAUAAAGAACCUCACUCCACAGAAGAAAACAGAGCACUGGAUCUACAGCUGUAUGCGCAAAGCAGAUAAAAACUUUGAUAACAAGAUCAGUCAGAAAGAGCUGAAGAGCUUUCUACGAGACAUCAACAUUGAGGUGGAUGAAGACUACGCUGAAAUGCUCUUUCAGAAAUGUGACAAGUCAAAGUGCGGAUUCCUAGAGGGCAAGGAGAUCAAGCAUUUCUAUGAAAUCCUGACACAAAGAGAGGAGAUUGAGGUCAUCUAUGGAGAGUAUGCAAAGACAGACGGUCUUAUGAGCGCCGCUGACCUGCUGAACUUCCUGUUGAACGAACAGAGAGAGGAUGCGUCUCAGAAUGAUGCCCUUCAGCUUAUUGAGAAAUAUGAGCUUGAUGAAAAUGCCAAAGCCAAACAGCAAAUGACAAAGGAUGGCUUCCUAAUGUACUUGCACCAGCCAGAGGGACUGAUCUUUAACCCGGCUCAUAAAAGUGUUUACCAGGACAUGAAGCAGCCUCUCAACCAUUACUUCAUCUCCUCUUCUCACAACACAUACCUGCUGGAGGACCAGCUCAAAGGACCCAGCAGCACUGAGGCGUACAUAAAAGCACUUCUUAAGGGCUGCCGCUGUGUGGAGAUGGACUGCUGGGAUGGAUCAGAUGGAGAGCCGGUCAUUUAUCAUGGAUACACUCUCACCUCAAAGAUCCUCUUCAAAGAUGUGAUCAAAGCCAUUAAAGAAUAUGCCUUUAAGACGACCGAGUAUCCUGUGAUCCUGUCUUUGGAGAACCACUGCAGUGUGGAGCAGCAGAAGAUCAUGGCUCAGCACUUGAUCUCCAUCCUGGGCAGCACUCUGGUCACCAAACCCCUCGGAGAUCAGAUGCCCACAUGCCUCCCUUCCCCAGAGGAACUCAAAGGCCGGUUCAUAGUCAAAGGGAAAAGACUAGACAAACUUGAGGACAUGUUUUCAGAGGAGUCCAAAACAGCAGAGGAAGACAGUGUAACAGAGGAAGAAGAUGAUGAAGGUGACGAAGAAGACCAGGAAAAGAAGUCUAGUAAAACAAAGUUGCUGAAGUUGGCGAAGGAGCUGUCUGAUAUCGUGAUCUACUGCAAAAGUGUCCACUUCCGUGGCUUUGAGGAUUCCCGGGACAAGCAGUCCUUUUACGAGAUGGCCUCCUUCAAAGAGGGAAAAGCUGUGAAACUGGCGGAGGAAGCAGGUGUGAUGUCAUGCUCCGACACAACACAGGCUAUGAAACACAUAAAUACAUGUCAAGAGAUGCAGACUUGGGGCCCGUUCUUCGUAAUCUCAGCCCAGCAGUUACCCAAAGUGAGCAAAAGGGAGUCCUCUAUUGUUGAUCCCAUUGUGAAAGUGCAGAUCUACGGUGUGCCAACUGAUAUGACUGUGGUGGAAACACAGUACAUUGAGAAUAACGGCUUCAACCCCAUGUGGAAUGAGAACUUCCAGUUUAAUGUGCGUGUGCCAGAUCUAGCCCUUGUGCGCUUUUUGAUUGAGGACUACGACUCCAGUUCGAACAACGAAUUCAUUGGCCAGUACACACUUCCGUUCAACUGCCUAAAGAACGGAUAUCACCAUGUGCCACUGCUCACUAAGAAAGGAGACCACCUUUCCUCCGCUGGGCUUUUCGUUCACAUCAUGGUUGUGGAUGCUGAAUAACACAUGAUGGUGCAGGUUUUAUACUGCAUCGGAGAUGAUCUUAUGUGGCUAUAUUCAACAGCGCAGACGUCUCAAAGGGUCGGAAAAAAUGAGGCAGCUUGAGUGAUUCUUAUGGGUAAAUGAGAAAUGGUGGGAAUAGAGCAACUUUUCUGAAGGUGCGAUAUGAUGGUCUCGCAUAACUUUUUUGUAUUUUUUACAAUUUGUAAAAUACAUUUAUACAUUUUAGUAUGCCAAAUAGAUUACUUAAUAUUGAGUGUCAACCUUAGUCUUAGUUAAACUGAGCACUGUUUUUAGUUAUUCAGAAUUUAGCGAGGAAUAAUUUGGUGGAAUUACAAAUAAACACAACCACUCCAUCCUCUGGGUAGUUUCUCUCGAUACAUGUUUUAAAGCCUGCAUUAGAGUUUGUAUCUUUGUCUUUUAUGUAGUUACAUACAACAUCUGAUUUAUGUUGUCAUUAAAUGAGGUGCUUAAAUUGUCAUAUUUUUGGCUGAUACUCAUAAAAUCAGUGAUUCUGAUACAACAUUACCAACUGUAUACAUCUAUGUAAAGACGAAAUAAAUGUAAG